AUGAUUAAAUAUGUACUUCGAAUACUUGGUGAAAGUUGUUUUGGUCAAGUAUGGAAAAGUAAAGCAAUUAAUAUUAAUGAUAAAAAGGGUACAUCAAUUGUUGCUGUUAAAACGCUAAAAGAAAAUGCAACUGAACGUGAACGUAUUGAUUUAGCACAAAAAUUAAAAGUCAUGAAAACAUUAGAGCCACACCCGAAUGUUGUUAGAUUAAUUGGUUGUUGUACUGAACGUGAGCAAAUGCUUGUUAUUUUGGAGUAUCUCAGUGGUGGUAAACCACAAAAUGAAGGUGCAACAUCAUUAUGUGGUUUAAUUGCAAAAUUAACAACUGGUUGUAAUAUAAAUGGUACAAUUAUUGGCUAUAUACCACAAGGUUUAAAAAAAUUAUCAUUAACACAUUGUAGUUUAACAUCAAAGGAGGGAUUAAAAAAUUUAUUACUUUGUUUAGCAUGUAAUGAGAAUACAAAUGAACUUGAGCUUGAUAUGAGUGGUAAUAAUUUAGGUUCAAUGGGUGCACAUAUAUUAGAAUCAUGUAUACAUGGUGUACGUUCUUUAUCAUCACUUGAUAUUAGUGAGAGUAAUAUGGUUGUUGAUAUUGGAAAAGUUAUAACAGCUAUUGGUGAAAAUAAAUCAAUAAAACAUUUAUAG